CGACGUUUUCCCAUCGUCGUUCUCGUAUGUUGGCAUCCCACCGAUGCGCGACGUCGAGCACUCCAUCCAGCUUGUGCCUGACUAUCGUGUUCACCACCAGGCACCCUACAGACUCCCGAUCCCCGAGGCCACCGAACUCAAGCGUCAGCUUGAGGAGCUCCUGAGACUGGGUUUCAUUAAACCCAGCAAUUCCCCGUGGGGUGCACCCGUCCUCUUUGCUCGCAAAGCGGAUGGAACUCUCCGUUUUUGCAUCGACUAUCGCGGCCUCAACCGCUGCACGGUUAAGAACAGCUACCCCAUACCUCGUUCCGAUGAGUUGUUCGACCGCCUAGCAGGCAACUGCUUCUUUACGAAGAUUGAUCUUCGUAGCGGUUACCAUCAGAUUCGCGUCGUUGCAGCCAACCAGCCGAAGACCGCGUUCCGAUCGAGAUUCAGCCACUACGAGUUCACGGUGAUGCCAUUCGGCCUCACCAACGCACCCGCUACCUUCCAAAGGGCGAUGAACGACAUCUUCAGGGACAUCCUGGAGCAAUACGUUCUCGUCUACCUCGACGAUAUCGUGGUCUACAGUCGUACCCUUGAGGAUCACCUCAGACACCUCCGCGACGUCCUUGACCGCUUGCGCAGACAUGGCUUCUACGCCAAGCUGAGCAAAUGUCGCUUUGCCCAGCACAAAGUGGAUUUCUUAGGACAGUACGUGUCUAACCAAGGUCUCCACAUAGACGACGCGAAGAUCACUGCUAUUGCGGAGUGGCCCGCUCCCACAUCCGCCAAGCAGCUUCGCAGCUUCCUAGGCCUGACCACCUACUACAGUAAUUUCAUCCGGGGAUACGCUAGGUAUUCCUACGUCUUCCCCUCCUCUCCUGAUUCCUCUCAUCCUCGUAUCCCUCGCUUCCCACCACCUACUCCUACCACUGCUUCCCGACUGACGCCUACUCGUCCAGCUACUGACGAGCCUUCCAUUGACUAUUCCCCUACCAUCGCCAAGGACGACACUGUCGAGUCUCGCUCACGUGAUUGUCUGAUAGCCUUCUACUCCCGUCAGCUUCUGCCCGCCGAGAUAAACUACAUCGCUGAUGAACGUGAGGUUCGCGCAGUAGUUUAUGUCGCUCGGCACUGGCGUCACAACCUGCACGGGGCACCGUUCACGGUGCGCACGGACAACUCUGAUGUCCAGGCUUUUUUGACAAAGCCGAAGCUCACUUCUCGACAGGCUCGCUGGUGGCGCGACCUAUCCGAGUUUAGUUUCACCACUGAGCACAUCAAGGGUGAGACUAAUUGGGUCGCAGACGUCUUAUCCCGGCCCCCUGACCACGAUAAGGAGCAAAUCCAGCUCUCUUCCAUCUCGGUCACCACCGUCCACCACUUGGUGAUCGACGAGUUUCGCACCCAGUACCGCCACUGCCCCGACUAUCGCGACAUCCACGCGACUCUUCGGAGUGGCAAGACCGUCCCGAACUACUCUCUCGGGGACAACGGUCUCGUGUACUGGCACAAUUCACAGGGCACCAGAGAGCCCCGUAUUUGUGUUCCCUCCACUGGACAGCUACGUGUCCGAGCAGUAGCAGAGUUCCAUGACCAGGCAGCCGCCGGUCAUAUGGGCUUCCACAAGACGUUGGCUCGUGUGAGCCGCCUGUACGUCUGGGCGAAGCGCAAGGACUUUGUGAAGGACUACGUCGCAGAGUGUCCCACCUGUGAGGAGGUGAACAGUGCGAACCACCUUCCUUAUGGUUUGCUCCAGCCUCUUCCUAUCCCUAAGGGUCGUUGGCAGUCCAUCUUGAUGGACUUUAUCGGUCCCCUUCGUCCUCCGACCCCUCACGGUCAUGAUGCUAUCCUGGUCGUCAUCGACUGCUUCAUGAAGCGUGCACGCUUUGUUCCGUGCUGCUAUGCCAUAAGUGCUCGUGAGGUCGCCAACAUCGUGUUUGACCGACUCAUGCGUGACCACGGCUUACCCCUGAGCAUCAUAUUUGACUGUGACCCGCGCUUUACCAGCCGAUUUUGGCGACGACUCCACGAGGUGUACGACACUCAACUCCGCUUCUCCUCGUCUUACCAUCCUCAGACUGAUGGUCAGACCGAGAUCACGAACAGGACUCUCGGAGAUAUUCUCCGAAAGAUUGUUCGUGACGACCGGCAGUGGGAUCUCCAUCUUGCCCACGCGGAGAUAGCCUACAACCACGCCGUCUCGCCAGCCACGGGGAUGUCGCCUUACUAUUGCGACCUCGGCUAUCACCCUCGUAUUCUCGCGGACUUCCUCCGACCGUCACAAAUGCACCCCGACACGAGUUGUCCCGCGCUGGAUGAUUGGGUUGCACACAUGACGUCGAUCAUGAAGACCGCACAUGAGCACAUAGCCGCUUCCCAGACCCGCAUAGCAGCACGUGCGAACCGAUCGAGGAUUAAUCACCCAUUCAAAGUCAGUGAUGAUGUGCUUAUCGACGCCCGCCACUUACAGCUCGAAGCGGACACGCUUCGCAAGUUUCGGCGUCGCUUUUUUGGAUCAUGUCGCAUCCUCCAGGCCGUCGGUUUUGAUACGCCCUCUAGCCCGGUCAGCUUUCGUGUGAAGCUGCCCGACUAUCUACGUCAGGCUCGUGUGCACAAUGUCUACCACGUCUCGUUACUGCGUCCUUAUCGCAGACCGUCUGAGAGUUUCGCUGGACUUCCAUACGAGCGCCCUCCACCCAUCAUGGUGGAUGGCCACGAGGAGUUCCUCGUUUCAGAUAUCAUGGUGGAUGGCCACGAGGAGUAUCUCGUACGUUGGAAGGGUUACCCUGAUGACGAGGCUACCUGGGAGCCCCUUGAGCACUUGCAGCACGCUCGCAUGUUGGUGCGUGCCUAUGACCGUGCUCGUCGUGCUGGGUUCACUGCUCCUCCUCAGCCCACUGACCCUCCUCCUUCUCCCUCGGCUAAGGAAACCGCUGAAGUCGAGCCUGCUCCAUCUGAGGCAGACCUUCAGCAGCAGCCGGAUGCUUCUGAGCGUCAACAGCGCACUCGUCGUCGUCGUGCUCGAUACGAUGAUUAACUCUGACUUACCUUCCCACGU